AUGAAUAAAUUAGAUUAUUUAAUUAUUAAUAUCAAUCAAACCGAUCAAUAUUUAUUACGUAAUUCAUUACAAUUAUAUUAUUAUAAUUAUGCAAUUAAUUAUUUUUUUAAUUUUUUUACAUUACCUAUUAUUAGUUUAUUAUUAUGUUGUAUUAUUAUUGAUUUAUAUCUUCGUCAUAAAUUACAAUUGAAUUUAAAAAUUGAUUUAUUUAAACAAUUAUAUAGUGAUUAUAAUUUAAAUAAUAAUAAUGAUCAAUUAUUAAAACAAAAAAAAUUAAAAUAUAAUUAUAAUCAUCAAUUAAAUAAUGAUAUGAAUCUAUCUACUGUAAGUUAUUCUCAUUUACCAUUACAUAAUUCAUUAUUAUAUAAUGAAAAUAAUACAAUCAAUAUAAGAAAGAAUAGAAAUGAAGGAAUUCAUCAAAGAUAUUCAGAAUUAUGUCCACAAUCGAAUGAAAUGAAAUUUAUAAAAUAUUCACCAUUGAAGAGACUUGAUAAUAUUAUUACUACUAAUACUAUUACUACUACUACUAUUAAUAAUAAUAAUAAUAAUGGUAAUGAUAUGAAUGAAAUUAGAUCUAUUCCUUACUUAACAUCGAAUAUUCAUUCAUCUAAUAGUAUGAAUCCAAUUUAUUUUGAAUUAGAUACCAUUCAAAAUGAAAUGAAAUCAUCGAAUGAAUUAGAUAUCCAUUCAAAUUAUUUAAGUCAAAUUGUUUAUAAAUGUUCAAUGAAUCCAUCACAAUUAAAUGAUCAUAAAUAUAAUGAAGUCAAUCAAUUUAUAUAUCAUUAUCCAAUAGAAUCAUGUGAAUAUAUGAGUUGUGAUUUGACACAACAACCACAGCAACAACAACGAACUGAUAUAACAUUAAUUCAUCCUGAAAUGAAUAAUGGAAUAAAUAAUUUAACAUCUAGUGAAUUAAUAAAAUUAUUUACUGAUACAACAGAGGUAUUCUCACCACCUAAAGAUAGUGAGUAA